UAUCCCGAAACAGCUGCUGCGCGAGUGGAGGGAGCUGUUUGUGCUGGAGCUGCCUGUUUACGACCCACCCGACCCAAAGGACACUUCCGAGUCCACUGUUUCAAUGGCCCACAAGGAAACACAGGCAGCGCUUGAUGAGCAAGACUUCUUAGAUUACCUGGGCAUGAAAGGAGAGUGGCAAGCUGUGGAUGGCAGUUCAGCCGUGGAGCCGCCCCCCAACAAUGCCGUCUUGGGUCACGUGGUACGGCAUAUUUGCACAUUAGUGCGUCCUCCACGGUCACUCGCACCACCCGUCGCCUUGCCUCCGUCCUCCAUCCGUGCCUGCGUUCUGGGAAAGCCCUUCUCGGGAAAAACCAGCUGUCUGCAACGCCUGUCACAAGAUUGUGGGCUGGUGACGUUGAACGUGUCUGCUCUAUUGCUCGAGUCUAUGGAGACCUACAAUGCAAGCCUCUACCCCACUGAGCAUGAGGAGGACGAUGAGAGGAUCGUGGCAGAAGGGGAUGACAAUCAUGAGGAGGCCGACCCUGUGACCCAUGCUGAGCUGCCGUGCCGCGUGGAGCUGGGAAGACAAGCGUCUGAAGUUCUGGCGCAGGGAGGCGUGGUCCCUGACCAGCUUCUCGUAUUUCUUGUGCUGCAGGCGUUGAGGGAAUUGCCGGAGCAGACGGGCUGGAUACUAGACGGCUUUCCUGCGACAGUGCAACAGGCUAAGCUGUUGGAGAAGGCCCUCACUGGAUGGGACGAAGACCUCGAGGAAGGAAGCUCGAAGGAGCUGGGGCAGCAGGGUAGCGGCACCGCUAGCGGAAAGGUGUCACUGCUGGUGCAGGACCCCUUUGCCCCACCCAAAGCGCCACCUCCUCCACCCGCUCUGGACCUGGCUCUGGUCCUCACGCUGUCCAACAGCGCUGUGUUCGAAAGAGCUGAGAGUGCGUCUUGUGCCAAGGCUGUUGAAAACGGAGCGGAGGUGGACCUGGAUCAACUACCCAACAAGCUGGUAGGAUUUGAAAAACACUGGCCUGACCUGGAGCAGUGGUUUGGGCCUAGGCACGGAGUGCUGCAAAGUGUGUGUGCCGAGACAGAUCAGGACUUGUUUUACCAGGGAAUGAAGCGCAUCUUUGAAGAAACCCUUCUGCACAAGCAGCAAAUCAGUAGGCCUGAAGAGGAGCCUUUGUUGGAGGAUAACACAGCAGCCAUUAUCCAAGAGCCUCCUAUGGUCGACAGUGACCAACCACAAGAAGAAGAGAUUCCUAGCAUGCUUGGGGAAGUACCAAGCACACCAACCAUGAGCUCCCAGCAGAAGGGCGCCUCUCCAGGCCGAUCCCCUAAAGGCUCACGGAGAAGAACAUCAAAGUCCCCGGCAUCAGCGGACAAGAAGGAACGGGCGAAGAGCAAGGAGAAGAAAGGGAAAUCUCCCCCUCGCUCUGGCAAAGCGAAGGGUGGCGGGAAGGAGCAAGCCAUUCCGGAGCCCAUCGCAGUCGAGACCGUCCCACCAGGCCCAACACCUGGGAGCUCUGAGUGGGAGUAUGUGGACCAGCCCCUGACUCUGGAGAUGGCCACUUAUCUCGGUGGUUUUUGGGACAACAUGGAGCGGACGUACAUUUCCAACUGCAAAACGGUGUUUCACAAUUUAAGGCGGGAAAGAGAAGCCAUCAUGCACCAUCUUUACGAUAUCAGGCAGGAGUUUGUGGAGUUUCUGCGGAGACCCGACCACAAGCAGGAGUUUGUACAGCGCUGGCAGAUUGAGCUGAAUGAGCUGCCAGGCUACCUGAGGGGCGAUGAUGACACACGAGCAGAGAUGCAUCAGCGCGCACAGGAUCUGAAGGAGAAGUUGUGGGACAUCACCGAUGGGCGGAAGGAGGAGGCGGAGAGGGAGCUGCUGUCUGUGAUGCACGACGGCUGGCUCAAUGCACGGCUCGCUGCAUUCGCCAACCACCACAUCGCACUCAUGCAGGUGGAAAUGGAGCGCUGGCAGGACGCGGUUCUGUUCUUGCGGGACUACUACGUGGGCAUUCAGGGCCGGGUGGGAGCCGGUGGGCUGGGAGGGGAGCGCGAGGCAUUCCGCCUCCCCCUGCUUCCGCCGCCCCCGCUGGCUCCGGCAGCAGACGAGGAGAAAGCGUCGCGUGCCGCCCCCGGGAAGUCGGGGGCGGACGCGACGGUCACCGGGCCCGGCAGCCCGAGCAGCCGAGAGAGAGUGUCGCGCGGCAGGGGCGGGCGCGACAAGAGCGAUGCGCUGUCGGCAGAAUCGCCAACGUCGCACGCCUCCCAGGAGAUCAUCCAAGAGGCCUCGCAAGCCGCGCUGGCUGUGGCCGCCCUGAUGGUUUCUGAGGAGCUGGCAGUGUUGGAGCAGAAUGGUAGAGACGAUGAACAAAACGAUGGAGAAAGGGCAGCAUCUGCAAGUCGAAAACCCACCUCUGGCAAAGCGAAAGGUUCUAAGAUUGCCAAGAAGAAGGAGCCAAAAGGAUCUGGGAAAAAAAAGGGAGCGCCCAGCCCCAGUGUGCCAAUGCAAGUGGAGGAAGUGGACCCUGAAGUGGUGGCACAGAAGGAGCGCAAAGCCAAGAUGCAUCAGGAGCAUGCUUGUGCCUUAAAGCAUGAGGAAACCUGCCUGAGACAGCGACUGGACACGGUGAAGGAGCAAGCUCUCUCGGCAAUCGGGGCCCUCCGCGCGGCGAGUGCGGAGGCGUACCAGGCCAUGCAGGACUCGCUGGGCCAACGCUACCACGCCGAGAUGCACAGCAUUGAGCAGCUGCUGGAUGUGAUUCAAGGCGCCGUGGAGUCGGGGACUCCGCUGCAGCCUGAGCUGGUGCUGCAGCAGGACUCCUUCUACCUAAGCACAGAGGCGCGCAUGUACGAGGAGCCUCCUCCCCCCGCCCCCCCGCAGCCCUCCGAGCCUCUCCACCCCCAGCACUUCACUGUGGAGCAGCUGAUGUCCUUCCAUCGGCACCUGCUAGAGGCUGCGCCUGCAGGAUAUAUUUCCACUUUAGAUUUCAUCGACUUCCUGCAUGCUCUGGGUUCUGGUGGUACAGGGAGUGAAUCUCUGCCAGAGGCCUGGCUAAACAUGUCGCACACACAGAUUGCGGCGAUCGCACACCAAGUGCAAGGCGGCGUGGAGCUGUUGGACUGGCGCAGGCUGCUGGUGCUGGCGGCCUGGCCCUGGCCACUGCCCUCGGUGACCCAGCUGCUGGCGGUGCUGGCAGCCUGCCGGAAAGCCGACCCUGAAAGCUCCGGCUUCUUGUCUCAGGAGCAGUACGACCAGAUCGAACUGUGGUUUAAAGAUGCUGUGCCAACAGAAAAUACGUGUGACUUAUAUGAUCGGCUGGGGAAUCUGAAACAGGCCCUCUUUACCUUGCUCGGACAAGGGGAGAAGAUAGACUACAAGAGCAUGUUGCUGUACUUGGCCUGUGGUGAAGAUGGACAGGAUGGCUUCUAUCGAGCACUGAGUGUGGCGGCGGCAGCAGCAGCAAUGGCUUUGCCUGGGGAUCCAUCUACUCCCCCUCCCCAGACAGAGGGUCUGGAUUCUGGGCCUUUGGAAUCUGUCUCUCUGGACGCUUUGCUCACGGUCCUCCACCAUGCCGGGGCAAUUGCCGAGGACACCCAUCGCUUCAGCCACCCGAACGAGACGCGUGCACACCCGUACCUCGAGGAACACAUCGUUCAGGUGUUCCGAGAUCUGGGAUCGGAAGACCUAGAGCCUGUUCGUUUCCAGGCACUAAUCAAGCAUCCACUGAUUGAAGAAAUGAUCAGCUUGAUUUUAAAAUUCAAAUUAGUGGUAAGGGAUGAUUUGCUCAUCCCGACGAAUGUACUACCCUAAAACAUAUGUCAUAUGCAGUUAAAUUCAAUUAACCAGAUUAACCGUGCAUGCGAAAAAAUCUUAAUAUUUUACGUGGGCACAUUUUGUUGGUUGCUUCUCACUCGUUGGGGGUCUGUGACUCUGUGCCCCUGGGAUCGGCUUAACAACGGCAAGUAAAACCAACAAUCUUUAGGAAGCGAUGAAAACAGACGACGCAUUCAAUGUUCUUACCCCCCCCCCAUCCCACUCCACCUCCCCCCCGCCCAUUCUACGUAGCUAAACAAUUAAUAUAUUUUGACAGUCUAAUUUACGUGUGUUUUGCACUAUUGUAGAUGACCGAGAGUCGAUUAUAUUCGGGUUUGAUAGACAGGAAGCAUUUAGCUCUCGAGUAACCAAAUGCAGGAUGGUGCAACAGGCAGGAUAAUUAUUUAUAUCGAUAACACUGGUCAAUACACUUUUUCUGGCAUAAGGUAUUCCAACGGUUUUAAGGUAAUUUUGGGGUGCUGAUUCCAAAUCAGGUUUUUGAGAUAUCAAAUAUUGCAUUUUCAAUAUAAACUGCAGAAGAAAAAUAUUAAAUAAAUGUGGAUAUCUACAUAAAAUGAUAUUAUAAACACACUAUCCUAAAAAUACAGCACCAUAUUUUAACACUAAAGCAGUCACUGACUCGCAACAACUUGCAAUCAUGAGUGACAGAGUUAAUUUCUGGUAAAAUCAAUGAAAAUGGGGUAUGCCGAUAGCAUAAAAAUGAGAUGUGAUAGAGCAAAUCUGAGAUCAGAUUUGAAAUCAGCACCCUGAAAUUAGUCUAAAACAGCUGCAAAAGUCCAGGCCAGAAAAAAUAUGUUUUUUUUGUUGACCAGUGUAAUUAAUUGAAAUCAGACUGCUUUUCAAAUCUCAUUCUCUUAAAUGUAUUGGAUUUUUGUUUUGAGAUUACAACCAAUCUUCUUUGGAAUUACAAUCAACCUCCUUCAGGUACUCUUCAUAAAAAUGGUCUCACUCUAAAGCAGAGGUUGGCCAAUCCGCCAAGCAGUGCGAUCCGCUCUGGCGGAUCUCAACGGGCUCUGCUAUUCCACCAGAAAGCUACGACCAACAAUUACCCUUGUAGAGUUUAACACAUUAAGUACUAGCACCCAUCUAUUGGUAGACGUUAUUAUCUUGUAUUCUUUCAAUGAAUCCUUAGUAGUGGAUUUUUUGUUUGUUUGCUAUCAUCCGUACUGAAAAUUGUUGUUUGCUUAUGGUAGUGUUCUGGUUUGUCCUGAGAUGCACAACACAUGUUCUGCAAUCCACCCGUGGAUCUCAAUCAACGUAUUGGCCACCGCUGAUCGAGACAAGUAUUUAAAUUGUUAUCUAACUGGGCCCAGUUACAGUGAUUGCGUUCCCACGCAUGCAUAUUUUACUCAUGGUAACAGUGUAUUGUAAGAGCAGUAGGUAAUCUUCUUGGUUCUUUCGGUAAAGUCACGUAGAAUGGAAAUAAUAAAAUACGUGACUUUACCGAAAGAACCAAGAAGAUAAAUCCCUGCAGUCACGAAAGCUUUAAAUCGAAAAGCAGUAGGUAACCUCGUAACAUAUCAAAUCAUAUUUUAAUCAUUCCCAUACAACAGGCGCUACAGUCUUAUUCCAAAAAAUGUUAUUGUAUCCAGUGUCCAAUAAAGAAUUUAAUCCAAUGUCUAAGCUCAGCAUGCUUACUUCUCAUGGCCGCUGUUCCGACGUUGCUAUUGGCUCGGCCCCUCUCUCCAUUCCUGUCUGCGGAAGGCAUAACCCCCAUCCCUUGUUGUUGUGACUCGAUUCACUUUCACAUCCUUUGUUUUUUGUAUCCUUCAUCUCAUCUUCACUCUCCAUCUCAUCGUCUGUCUUGCCCUCCUUCCUCUCACCUCUGUUAAACACUCUGUUCCUUACAUUUCCCUCCCCACUCCGCACCACGUGGCUAAAUCGUCUCGGUCUCACUUCCCUCGGUCUGGCGACAAUGCUUCGCAACCCCCAUUAUCCUGCUGUCGCACGCAUAGUCUGUCACUAACAGCACGACGUUUAUAUGAUGGGUGAAAUAUUGCGGAUGUCCUCUUAUCCACAUCGAAUUGAGACAAAUCUUUACGGAUAAGAAAAUAUAUGUUUGUUAUAUUCCACCAGCCUCUAAGACCAUAUGGAUCAACCAACGUUGCAUGAGAGCAUGUGCUCAAGUAGAAAAGCUCUGGACGGGUUUUUCAUCUGGCUGUCGCCUGAUAAAGCUAGUUGUAAUUACCGGCGAAAUGUCGUACUCAGUUUGUAAAUGUUGUGGCUUUGCUCUCCAACACACCGGUGUGCUGUACUAGUAACGAAUUGGUAUGUUCUGUUUACGUGACAAACCUUAUUAGUUGGCUGUGUCGGGUGGUGGCGGGUUUAACGACACAUUUAUAUUUACACGAUCUAACCUCAACAAAACCUGUAUUAUGGCUUUUCUUGAUUUCCGUUACUAUCGUGUUCUCUGUUCCAACAUCGUAGCCCUUCCUCAUCGUAUGGCUAAUGUUGGUGUAGAGCAGUAGCUGUAAUUGUACAUUGAGGUGUUUGAGCCAGAUGAUUGUGUCAGGAGUGACGGAGUGGGGUGUCACUCGUAUUGGUGAAUCGGGCGUCGAGCCUGCGUUAUAUGUUCUACGGUUCCGUUCCGGGAGACCACACAUCAGAG